AUGCCAGGCGGUAGGAACCAACCACACACGGUUGCCGAGGCUGCGCAGUACCAGGCUCCCAAGGUGAUAAACACUACCACCCAGAAACUUGUUUCAGGAGGUACCAGCCGGAGCAGCAGUUAACCAUUCACCCACACCACAGGAAGUUAUGCCAGGUGGCAGUCCUAGCCCGGGGCUUCCUGAUUUCUAGACAGUCUGCUCAGUCAAGUCAGCUAACCCGAGAGCCAAACCUAGUGUGUACCCAGGUGAGGCGGAUAGUUACAUCCAGUCUCUUCCCUGGUCCUCUCUCAAAGACUCCUUAACCCAUGCCCUGAGCACGCCCACAGAGACAUCACAAAGGCACAGAACAUAGAUAGCAGAGGGGAAUAUGAAAGGCAGAACAGGAGCGAGGGUUGCCAGGCAACUGGCCUUGGCCCACCUUUGUUUGCUCUGGUGGCAGCAAUGAAAGUCUGGGCUGCUUGGCGAUGUUGAAGGCUUUGCCUCUCAACAGUCACUUCUGUGAGUAGAGACUACGGUUCUGUCACCUGGCGGGCUCUUCAGCCUAAGCUCAGCAAAGCGCAGGGCCUGGAGGAUAAUCUUGGUUUGCUCUCUUAAGACACGGAACUGUUAGCAGCAGAAACAGGUUGACAUGGGCCAAGUAUUAUUCUACAAAGACUUGUGGAAGGAGGAGUUCUGGGAGAACCCCUGGGAACUGGGGGGCCUGAUAGUCAUUGGCUUGUUCACCGUCACAUUCCUGUUCUUUAUUUUGUUUGCUGUUCUGUUUGGUUUACUCUUUCCAUCGGAGCAGACAGAAAAUGAAGAGUGACCU